AUGAAUUUUUCUAAUAAAUCUAAAGCGUACAGUGAGUGUGCCGAGCAUGGCAACGAACCGGAGGAACUUUUCUGUUUCGGGCACGGGAACAUGAUUUGUGUCGUCUGCAGGCGAUUGUACCAUGGAAAAUGCAAAAAAGUUGAACCUAUAUCAGACGAAUGUGUUGAUUUCUCCAAAUCGUACGUCAGUGGAUCAUGCACAAAGCAGAUUCAGCACCUGAUUCUGCAGUGUAAAGCCGUUGCUAAGGAACGCGACCGUGAUUUGAAAAACCUUGACCUAAAAAGAAAGGAGAUACUAAGCUCAAUAAUGGCCUUGAAGCAGAAACUUUUUGAAAAGAUCGAGAAACUCACGUCAAGAGCAGCAGACGACUUGGAUAGACUGUUUACUAUAGAAACGCUUGAAAUGAAGAAGCAUUUUACAUCAUUGCGCGGAAUGAUAUCAGAGCUCGAAGAGAAAAAGACCCGCAUCGAGCAGUCACAGAGUCAAAGGUCAGAAUUUGGUCUAUUUAUAGCAGUUCAAAAAGCGUUAAGAAAACAGACGGAAAUGGCGUCAGCACUGAGAAAUAUUCACGACGAAGCACAUAGGGUGAAUUUAAAGUUCAAAGAGAGUGACGCCUUAGAUAAUGCUAUGAAGGGUCUAAAUAGUAUGGGUGAAAUUAUUCUUAAUACGACGGAGUACAAAGUAAUACCAAAAGACAAACGAUCGGUGAAAUCAAAGGAACCGGAAGAGUUCGAAAUUCGGAAGCACGUGGACGAAAGAACGGCUCUUCUGAUUGGACAAAUGAAUACUCGCAACCGAGACGACCAAGAAAAAUGUUGGAUCACCGGGAUGGCCAUUCUGAAUGAUAGUUCACUUUUGGUAGCUGAUUAUAACAGCAAGCGAAUUAAGUUAAUCGGGCCAAACCAGGAAAUCUUGAAAUUUAUUCAAUUAUCGGUACCACCUUUUGAUAUUGCGUUACUGGACCAAAAGACAAUGGUUUGCACAUUACCAGAAGCUAAACAAAUCCAGUUUUUAAGCAUUGAUGGGAAAUCAGACUUGAAACCCGGAGCUGAGCUGAAACUUGACUUUGAUUGUAAUGGUAUAGAUGUUUCAGGAGGGAACUUAGUACUUACAAGCAUCGCAGACAAAUACGUAACGCUUAUAUCUCUUACAGGUGACGUCAUAUGGACGACAGCUAGUGACGUCAAUCACGGGGGACGCUUAUUUGAAUGGCCGUGGUAUGUCAAAACUAAUACUGAAACUGGUGAAAUUUAUGUUUCAGACAGGUCAAAGAAUACAGUAACGACCUUAAAUUGUGACGGUAGCGUUUUAAGCGUUCGUGACGUCAGAGGGAAGGGACCGAGAGGUCUUACAUUUGACGGAGUAGGGAGUAUGUAUGUCUGUCAUUACAUGGCGGACGAGCUGGAGAUUAUUAGCACCGAGAACCCACGUGACAGACGGGUGUUACUUAACAAGUCAGCCGGGAUCCAGCACCCACAGUGUCUAUGCUUUGACGGGGUUAGGGGUCAACUUUUACUGUCGGUUAUUAACUCGGAUACUAUUUCCAUUUUUCAAAUCAAGUAG